UGUUGACAUUUUGGGAGGUGAUGGUGGUGGUGGUGGGAGGAGUCACUGCAAAGCUUCAGUAGUGAGGAAGGCACGUCAGAGGAUGGAUGUGUGUCUCUCUCCCUCCCAGCGGCCCUGUGCCACCUCGCCUUCCAUUCUUGAGUUUAACCAGAUGUGGCAAGAUUUGGAGUCUGUGUUAAUGGAAGAGGCGGGGACGGCGCCCCCCACCACCACCACCACAACCACCACCCUCCCACUGCCCCCCACGCCCCCUGGCCCGGAACAGGAGGGGGAGGGGGGAGGGAGACUUCCAGCCCUGCCCCCCAUCACCUCAGCCUUCCCCCACCACCACCCCCCACCACAGUACUACCCCAGUACCUCCCCACCCCAACCCUCCUACCACACCCACACACACCUGCCCAGAGCAUGGAAACACCACACCACACCCCAACACCCCACACACCCCACACACCCCCACACCGCCCCAACACAGCCCCAACACACCCCCACACAUCCCCAGGGCACCCAGGCCUACCUCCAACACACCACGUCCUUCCCCCACCCCCCACACACCCCUCUCUAUCAGUACUGGGGAGGCAGUGGCAUCGUCCUCACCCCUCCAUCCUCCCCGCGUGCCCCUGGUGUGGUGGCGGCCCCAGUGCUGUGCCCCCCUGCCCUGCCGCCCACCGCCCAGGCCCCGCCACGCCCACGCCGCAGGAGGAGUCGCCGGCGGGUCAUCAUCCACACCUGCCCUCAGCCCGCCUGCCUCAAGACAUACACCAAGUCGUCCCACCUGAAGGCGCACCUGCGCACGCACACCGGGGAGAAGCCGUACACGUGCCGGUGGCGCGGGUGUGGGUGGCGGUUCGCGCGCUCCGACGAGCUGACGCGCCACUACCGCAAGCACACCGGCGACCGCCCCUUCCAGUGCAGGCUGUGCGAGCGUGCCUUCUCCCGCUCAGACCACCUCAGCCUGCACAUGAAGCGCCACUCAGCGGCGGCGGCUGCGGCAGCACCACCAGCGGCGCCACCAGGACAGCCUGCACACAUACCCAGCCUGCCCUGCUGCCCGUGAGAGGCCCCAUACCCUUGUCCUGCAGCGGCGGUGAGGGAAGGUUGUGUUCAGUACAGCGGCAUUACUUACCACGGGGAGGUCACGGCGGUGCUUCAACAGCUGAUCUCAUCCCCGUACCACCACACCACGCCCCAUCCUCCUCCUCUGCCCCGCUCCCCUGUCCCCAUCCUCCUGUUACCUACCCGCCCCGCCCCGCGCUGGUAUCCUCCCAGCAUCCCUGCCCCGCCCUGCCCCGCCCCACACUGUACAUAGCGGCAGGGCGGGCGUCAACAAGCAUCCACCAUUAUGUUAAGUGUUUUGUAUCAAUAAAUUAUUACUGA